UGUUCAUUACAGCGUCUAAUGCAUCACCGAGGCACGCUUCUAUUCACUCAUGUUUCGGGCUGCUGUCUGCUGAAUGUGCUCGUAACCAGGCUGUGAGUGAACGACGCUCACGGCGAUACUAACAUGUUGCUUUUUUUGGACUGAAGGAGCACAAUCACCCGACAGAAACAGCAGGUGGAGCGCUGUAACAAGUGUGCCGAUCAUUGUAUGAAGGGCACAGCAGAGUAGUCGCCACUGCCAUGUUCUGCUGGAAAAAAAAAUCCCAGCAGCAGGGAGAUAAAAGUGAAUGUUCCUGACUCCACCGUGUUUAGUUUGUUUUUUUUUUAGCACGAAAAGAAAUGAACUCCCUGUUCUUGUGAUUGCCCUGGCCUUCAUUCAUUCGCUUAUUCUCUAUCGUGGCAGAAUGAGAAAGAAGCAGACUGCCAAACAGAGGAAGACUGAGGAGACUACAGUUGUCCAGGAGUUUGUGGUUGAAAAAAUAAUUCGCCGCAGAAUCUCGAAUGGGAGAGUGGAGUACUUCCUGAAGUGGAAGGGCUUCACUGAUGCAGAAAACACGUGGGAACCCGAGGACAACCUGGACUGUCCUGAACUCAUAGAGGAGUUCUUGAGAAACGCCCACUUCACCGAGGAGAAUGAAGAAGAGCAACCCGAGCAAGGGUUUGUUCCCAAAGAGGAAAUGGCAGAGGAAGAGACAGAAAUUUCCUGCGUGCAGGAGGCUCAGGCUGUGAAGACGGACAACAGCGUCCUUCAGCCCGAUGAUGAGCAGAAAAACUCCCCCAGUGACCUCAGUACUUAUCUCGAGCCCGAAUGCAUCAUCGGCUCAACGGACAGAAAGGGAGAGCUCAUGUUCCUAGUCAAAUGGAAAAACUCGGAUGACGUUGCCCUGCUGCCGGCCCGUGAAGCGAGCGCCAGAUGUCCCCAGGUGGUCAUCGACUUCUACGAGCAGAAGCUGACCUGGCACUGUGGAGACGACGAGCAGUAAAAAUGUGUGUGGGUUGUGUGCAGAGGAGAACUAAUAAACAGCUGUGCUCUCAUCUGAAGCUUAACUUUAGCCUCCAUCAAAUGUCCUCCUUCAGCUGGCAUCAGAAGCACUUCGAGCUCUGGCAGGUGUGACAUCCUCGGCGGUGGUGGAUUUUAAGUGCUGUCUGCCCCGUGGUGCUCAAAAAAGGUCACUGUGACUUUGCAGACACUCUGAUGGAGGCUCAAGCUAACCUUUAUGUAGAGCGGCUGAUCUGAGGUCAGACUAACCCGUUGCAGCUUUUUUCCUGUGUCAUCAUGUAGCGGACUCGAUCACUGUGGUUGUGUUUUGUUUUGAAGAUAUUGUUCUAUGAGUAAUUUAGUAUUUAUAGUCCUGUUUAGAUGCCAGUAUCUUACACUGGAAGGGCCCUGCGGUUGUUUAGUGUGUGCUUUACAUCCUGUACGGCGACACUCUACUGCCAGAGCCAGCAAACUACUGUCCAAGUCCAUGCCUUCAGCCUAUGUAGCUUUUGGUUAGAGCUGAAGAUUGUAGCCCUGUUGUUGGAAUGCCUCUUGUUUGAACUUGUAUUGUGUGAGGUUGUGAAGUGUUAAUGGACACAGCUUUUACUGUAUCUCUUUAUGACCCUUGUGGUUGAUGUUAAAUAAUAUAUAUUUAAAAAAAAAUGUUGCCCAUCAAAAAUUCCCUUGUUUUUUUUUAAUCAGCUGCUGUAAAUUAGCAGUUUUCUCCUGUUUAUUGAAUUAGAACGUUUCAGAUUAUUUAAAUAUUUGGUGCUUUGAUCCAAAAAGUGAAGCCCUGUAGAAUUUUUCAGAAUAAGAGCGCCUCGAGGCAACUGUUGUCGUGAUUUGGCACUGUAUAAAUAAAAUUGAGUUGAAUUAGAAGGUCAUGAAUUUUCUUAAGUAAAUCUAAUGAGAUUUACACUUAUCAAAAUGAACUCUUGUGCACCGUAAAUGCGUAAGACGAUUGUUAAAUGUAGCACUUUAGAUCUGAGACUGUGCAGUUUACACAGGGCAUUCAUUGACUGUAAUUAUACAGUUCUGUGUACUUUAUAUCUGUAUCCUGGUGGCAUUGUUCUGACUCGACAUAUCUCCCAUGACUGCUAUGGGACACUCAGCUGAACCUCAAACCUCCUAAAAACACAUCUGCUACAGAACUACUGUAACUGUUGACCAUGGAUCUGUGAAGUCUGUGAAUAAAUGAAACCUUUUUUGACA